AUGGGACGACCACCGAAAAAAGUUGAUAAAAAGGAAGCUGCGAAGCCGACGGAAGAGCAGCCGAAGAGAGGAAGAGGAAGACCGAGAAAAGUUCCGGCUGCCGCUACGAAUGGUUUGUGAAAAAGUAGAAAAAGUAGAUAAGAAUGGCGUUUCAGAACCGGUAAAAAGAAAGGCGGAUUUGGUGAUGGGGGGAGGAGAAGGAGAAGUUGAGACGCCGGAUAGCAAGAAACCGAAACUUCAAAAUAAGCCAACUAUCGGUCCAGCUCCGGCUGCUCAGCCUGAUCCGUUAGUCGAAGGAGCCUCAGGGACGACUUCGGAACCUGUGAAGCUGGCGGAGAAGAUUGAGAUAAACCCUGCGCUGAAGAAAAUCGAGAAACCGAAGAUUGAAGUGAAGCCCGCCAAAGCAGAGGAUGCAGCGCUGCUGAAGAAUCCAGAAGAGCCAGAAGAAAGAGAGCCGACUGUUGAUUUGUCGGGCGAUGGGACAGUAGUCGCUCCGACUGUUCCGACUGUUCCGAAGCCACCGAUACAACCGAAAGGAUCACAGUUGAAGAAGGACGAUGAAAAAGAACGUCAACCGAAGAAGGAGUUGCUGAGGAAACUGAGAGAACUGGAGGCCGCGAAGAAGGCCAGACUGGCACGGGAUGCAGCGGAAACUGCGAGGCAGAGGGAGGCAGCUAGAGCUAGAGUGCAAGAAAGACAGACACACGUAUUUGGAUCGGAGCAAGUUAAGAAGCUGAUGGAAGAGAAGAAGGCUGAGAAAGUGAAAAAGUUGCAGUCGGAAAAGAACGAAGCACAUCUGCAAAUGCUCAUGAAGAGGGCUCAAAUGCUGAAAAAGAACAUAUCCGAAAAUGCUGAACAACCUGAACAGGGAGCAUCAAGUUCGAAGCCAGCUGAAUCGGAACGAAUGACGGAAGCCGAAAGAUCUGAAAAACUGAAGCAGAUGCAUUUGGCGAAGAGGCAAGCGCUGAUGCAACAAGCGAGAAGAAAGCAGCAUGAGCAGGCUGACGCAGCUGGGAUGAUGAGAAAGCCGACGGGGGAUGUUCCAGUUAAAUCCGGACAGCCCACCAGAAGACCAAUGAAUGUCCCGCCGAAAGGAUCGAAUCAAACGCCUUCAAAGAAAGCGAGUGGACCGAAGAAGGAUCUGGCUCCAGGUGAAGACGGCGACGGAGACUCCGACACUUCCCUUCCUCCGUUUGUCCCUCCGAAAGUCUUUUCGGCACAGUGGCUGGAAGAGAAGAAAAAAAAUGAAAUUUUGAGAAAGAAUCAGAGAGAAAUUCUUGCGAAGAAAAGAAUCGAGGAACUGGAGCAAAAGAGAGCUGAUGCGAUGAAGGGAGAUGCACCGUCGCAGGCAUCUGUCCCGAUGUCUGCUAAACAGAAAGAGAUUGCUGCGCGUAAUGCGGAAUUAGUUGAAAAAUUGCAACAAGGUAAGUGAAUAGAACGAUAAUAUUAGCUAACACAUAACAUGUAUUUGCAGUAGCCAAAGAUCCAGCCGUGAGAGUUCGGCAGUGCCAGGUGUGUUUCACAACUUUCAGAACGGCGGACAAGCUCAAAAGACACGAGAUAUCUCAUUCCGACGAGACGGAGGCGAUGUGCAACUUCUGCAAUCAACCAAUCAAAUACAAAUACAAUCUCAAGAGUCACAUGCUGAAAUGUGGAAAACGUCUUAGAGAGGCAAAUGAAGAAAAUGUAGGUAGAUCGCGAAAAAUCACGCUUCAAGCUAACUUCAUUUCAGUUUCUUCGAACUCAUUACCCAGAGUUUAUGAAGCGCAUGGACUUGUCGAUGAAGGAUUUGUCGUUGUCGCUCCCCACUCUGGAAGGAAUGCCGUACAAGAUGGACAAGUACGGACACAUCACCGGAUUCGAUCCGUCUCUAGACGUCCAACUCCAUGAGAUGCUCCCCAGUUAUUGCCAGCAUGAUCCUGAAGGAAAAAGGACGACUUUGCCAACGGUUUGUUCUUCAGAACAUGUGAGAGCAAGUGGCGCAGAAAUGCCUUUUUUCAGAACAUGGCAUUCCCUCCUCCGCUUCUCAAUUCGCUGCCGGAGCCGGUCACUCGCGAAAUGCAGAAUGUGCGACGUCGAGCAGCAGCGGCCUACAAAAAAUGAUUGUCUCUAUUUCUACAUCGCUCUUUUCAUUAUUCAAAAAUGUGCAUACCGAUUUUAAUCAACCCAUCCAUCUCUCUUUCUUUCAAUCAAAACGGAGCAUGUGUGCUGAACAGAAACUUACGAACUUUGGUCUACGUUGGAAUAAUCUUUUUCUGAGAAGUCAUCAUUCUUAUUUAUAAAAGUGGAGAAAGAGUUAUUCUCUCAGGUUUCCUCGAGAGCCUUCUCGUGUUCCGACUUUCCGACGCAAGAAAGUGUUUCUUGGUUUAAAGCUCUCCGAGUAACGAUUGAUGAAACAACUGCAAUUAAUAGAUGCUGUUUGCAGGAAUCUCUGUUCUGA